CGUGACCAGAACCGGACAGAGGCAACAUCUUGUGAUCGAGCCCUAUGCCAAAGUGCAGCUCUUCGCUUGGGAUUUCUCUUGCGCACUUCCAGGUUGCACUGAAAUGCCCCCUCCUCGUCUGCUCACUGUCGGUUGGCAAUAGCAGACAGAGAAGUGCCACCUUUGUAGCCCACCUUCCUGAUCCAGCUCUCCUGAGAAACUUGCAUUUACGACUUCUGUAGCCCCCGCCUUUGUCAUGACUUGUCGGUUCCAAAGCGUUCAGCCUGGGCAUUCCAACAGUUUUCGCUACCUCAUUCGGUCCCAUAUGGUACAGGAAGGAGCAGACGACACGAAGAAGACGCGAAAGUGACGAGAUAAAAACGCAAGAAAAUAGCCCCGCGUGAAAAAGGUGGCAGCUGGGAACCACAAACACACAAUCCACCAGCGAGCCCACACGCCAUUUUCUUGAGUCUCCCACAGUUCAUCCUCUUGUCAUCAAUCAAACAAAAAGAGCCUGCGGUUCCUCCUUUUUAUUCACUCGGUUUGCCACCGUGCCACCUUCCAGAGGGCACAAGCUAGUGCCAAUAAUUCCAGGGGUUUCUCCUCGCCACCAGACACACGUCUUUCGCCGAGCUACCCCCGGUUUUCACAGAACGAUCGCGAACACGAUCCCGAACACGAGUGGAAAAAAAGAGUAAUGCAUUUACGCAAACUUGGGGCGCCCCGCUAAAGCGAUCUGGACAGUCAUGUCUUUCGUCGAGGAUCGUGUGCGUCGCCUUGAUAGCCAGAUAGACCGCAUUUGCCUUGCACCGCAGGCGGUCCAUGAACGGGACCAGGACCUAGAGACAUUUGCGGAUGGUGAUCAAGAGGCGGGAGAGGGCGAGGGCAGCCAUGCCACCCCCUUCAAUGCCGCCGUGCUGUCGUCGCCUCGAGUCGCCGAGUCUCUGCGGAUCGUGAAAGCGCUCUCGUCGACCGCAACGUCGCAUAGUCUCCUGGACGCAGACAGAAUUCGGAGCCUCAUCCUCCAGUCCGGCCUGGUGCAUACAGAUGCCGGCCUGGACGAGUUCCAGGCCAAGAGCCCGCAAGAGACGGAGAUCGACUGGCUGCUGAUCAGCAAAGCCACGCUCCAGGUCUAUGGACUCAUGUUCAACACGCUUCUUGAUCAGAUCAUCCCUCUGAGCAACGACAUUUGGUAUUGGGACGAGGUGCUCAGUUCAUACACCUAUAGUAGCCUCUACACCGUCCAGACCUCGCCGGUGCGCCUCUGGGACUGGACGAAGGAUGUGGCCAGCGAGAGCAAAAUCCGGCUUCGCCGCAUGCAGCGCUCCCCGAUGGCCAUUUUCGAGGCCGGCGGUCCACAGACUUCGACGUCGGCCCGCUGGGCGCGCUUCUACGGCGUCGUGCGUGAGAGCAUCACCGAGCGGUCGCUGUCCAACGUGCAACGGAGCAUCCUAUCUCCGAUAUCGCUCUGUCGCGCCCAGGCCAAGCAGAAGCAGAGCCAGCUCAAACGGCUGCGGGAUAUGAUGGCCUGCGGUCUCGGUGUCCUGAUCGACGAGGCGCUGAGCUUUGGGGCCGAGGACGAAGCCAAGGGGGCUAUCAACUCGACCGAGAACACCAACCGUGAGUGGCGGGGCUUCGUCGAGCGCAGCGUGGUACUCAUGAACCUCGUCGUCAAGGAGGUGCUUGUCGCCGAGGCGGGCACAACCGAGCUCGAGAAUCGUGUGUUCCGGGGUAUCGAGAUGGACCCGGAGCUCUCGAUCCACGCCCAGGACGUGGCUGGGAUUCACAAGCCCUCGGUGCUCGCCCGGCGCCUCAUGGCCAUCCUGGACACCAGCCUGCCGGACCACGUGGCUGCCACCAGCCAGAUCGUGCAGCAGAACGGACGACCUUCCAGGGCCGUGAGAUAUUGGCUGCCGGCGACUAUGCUCCUGCUCUCGUCAUCAACCAUAUUGCGCAUUCUCGUCAGGAGGCAGCAUGAUAUCCUGCAGUGGGCAGCGGAUCUGGGCACAACAACAACAGACUUUUGGUUCAACUGGGUGGUGGAGCCUGUCCGCAAGAUCAUCGGCACCAUCCGGCACGACAACAGCAGCGAGAUCGCUAUAAUGAGCCGUGACAGCCUGCGGGCAGACCGGGAGAGCCUGGAGCGGAUGGUGGUGGAGUUCGCGCUCGAGCGGCCCGAGCUCGCGGUCGGGGAGGGCAGCUCGGCGCUGACGGAUGGGCAGGUCGCCGAGAUCAGGGCCAAGGUGCGCGAGGGCGACGUGACGACGGUGCUGCGGGCCUACGAAAAGGAGCUGAAGAAACCGCUUAUCGGGGCGGUGCGGGGCGACCUGGUCAGGUCUCUCCUGAUCCAGGUGCAGAAGACAAAGGUGGACCUCGAGACAGCCAUUAGCGGCAUCGACGCGCUCCUCAAGAGCCAGGAGCUGGUGUUUGGGUUCGUUGGCCUCACGCCCGGCGUGCUCGUGUCGGUGGCCGUGUUCCAGUACCUGCGCACGCUCAUGGGCGGGCGGCGCGGGCUGAGGCGGAGCGAGCGCGCGGUCAAGGCGAUGCGGGUCCUGCGCAAAAUGGACCGCAUCCUCGCCGAGGCGGCCAUGAACCCGUCCAACGACAACCUGCUCUCGUACAAGGAAUACGGCCUGAUGGUUUGCGAGGUUCACAUGCUCCGCAAGCUCGUCCGCGGCAUGAUGCCAGCCGACAUCGAGAAGGAGUUCCUCGAGGACCUCGACGACGUGGCAAACGUCAAGGGGGUUACGGCGCAGAUUCGGGCACUUGAUAGGAUCCGCUGGGCCUAUAGCAAAUGGCUUCGUUGAGUAGUGUUGGGAGCCUCAAGAGACUACGCGAGGACCUUGGCUGCAGAUUCCCCAGGCGUCUGGCCUUUUAUUUUGAGAUUUAGAAUCAUCAGUGAGAUGGGCAUUUAUUCUUGACAUAUCAGUGUAUAAUGUUGUACUGUGUAUGUUAGAGACUAGUAUAGCUUGGGUGACGGCGCCUUUCUUUGGUGCCACACUGGUGCCACAUUGUGAGUGCAAGGAAAGGAUCUGGUAGGUGGCGAUGCAGAACUUUGGCAAAUGACGGGUUGCUGACCAUGAUGGAAAACUCCAAUAUGUCAGUUAAAAAGGCAGAAGAACGCAACGAAGAAAAGGAAUGACGACGGCACGCGUGGCUGGAGCAUCUUACACAAGCACUGACGGUUGUGUGAUCAUGUAGCAUCCAAUACAAAGCAAGACGACCCCACAUGAUAUCAGCAUCUCAAUGUCGCCUGAGGCUGUACAUUGAAAUGAUGAGCCCCUGCAUUAGCAACCGAGUCUCUGCCGUCGAGGCUCCCUUGUCGCACGCGCCCUAGGGCCCUCGCAGACAGGCGGGUAAUGGCGGAUGGUAAUGGC